CGCUGCUGCUCCCGCGGUUGCUGGGGGUGGGUGAGAGGUGGAGCUGUCGCGUUCCAGGUGCUGUCUCUUGUUGGUUUUACCUGAGGAGCGUUCCUUCUUAAGUCGCACCCUGACUCCGGCGGUGCCAAGGGGGAGUCCCUGCGGACACCUCGACACGCAGUGGAGAUGCCUCUCUUUGCCACCAAUCCUUUCGACCAGGAUGUUGAGAAAGCAACCAGUGAGAUGAACACUGCUGAGGACUGGGGCCUCAUUCUGGAUAUUUGUGAUAAGGUUGGCCAAUCUCGCACUGGACCUAAAGAUUGCCUUCGGUCUAUUAUGAGAAGGGUGAACCACAAAGAUCCUCACGUUGCUAUGCAAGCAUUGACUCUUCUAGGCGCAUGUGUAUCAAACUGUGGCAAAAUUUUUCAUUUAGAAGUCUGUUCAAGAGAUUUUGCUAGUGAAGUAAGCAACGUAUUAAACAAGGGUCACCCUAAAGUAUGUGAGAAGUUAAAAGCUCUCAUGGUUGAGUGGACAGAUGAAUUUAAGAAUGAUCCGCAGCUUAGCCUGAUAUCAGCAAUGAUAAAGAACCUUAAGGAGCAAGGAGUUACCUUCCCAGCUAUUGGCUCUCAGGCUGCAGAACAAGCAAAAGCAAGCCCAGCUCUAGUAGCCAAGGACCCUGGUACUGUGGCUAACAAAAAAGAAGAAGAAGAUUUAGCAAAAGCCAUUGAGUUAUCACUCAAGGAGCAAAGGCAGCAGUCUGCUACCCUUUCCACGCUAUAUCCAAGCACAUCCAACCUGUUAAUCAACCACCAACAUGAGGGCCGAAAAGUUCGAGCCAUUUACGACUUUGAAGCUGCUGAAGAUAAUGAACUUACUUUUAAAGCUGGAGAAAUUAUCACAGUUCUUGAUGACAGUGAUCCAAACUGGUGGAAAGGUGAAACCCAUCAAGGCAUCGGGUUAUUUCCCUCUAAUUUUGUGACUGCAGAUCUCACUGCUGAACCAGAAAUGAUUAAAACAGAGAAGAAGACAGUACAAUUUAGUGAUGAUGUUCAGGUAGAGACAAUAGAACCCGAGCCGGAACCAGCUUUUAUUGAUGAAGAUAAAAUGGACCAGUUGCUACAGAUGUUGCAAAGUACAGAUCCCAGUGAUAACCAGCCAGAUCUACCAGAACUACUUCAUCUUGAAGCAAUGUGUCACCAGAUGGGACCUCUCAUUGAUGAAAAACUGGAAGACAUUGAUAGAAAGCAUUCAGAACUCUCAGAACUUAAUGUCAAAGUGAUGGAAGCACUUUCAUUGUAUACAAAGUUAAUGAACGAAGACCCGAUGUAUUCCAUGUAUGCAAAGUUACAGAACCAGCAGUAUUACACGCAGCCAGCUGCAGUGGCGGGUGCGCAGGUCUAUCCCGGGCCACCUCAGAGUGGCGCUUACCUGGUUGCAGGGAGUGCACAGAUGAGCCAUUUGCAGAGCUACAGUCUUCCCCCGGAGCAGCUGUCUUCUCUGAGUCAAGGCGCGGUUCCUCCGUCUGCCAGCCCAGCCCUUCCUACUCAGCAGACCCCACCUUCCUACCCCAAUGCAAUGGUCAGUUCUGUUCAAGGAGCUACGUAUCCUACCCAGGCUGGAAUAUAUAGUCCUCCUCCUGCUGCUGCUGCUGUUGCCGCAACUGCUGAUGUCACAAUCUACCAGAACGCAGGAGCUAAUAUGUCCCAGGUGCCAAACUAUUCCUUAACAUCGUCCACCCUGUCUCAGCCAGGAGCCAGCCAACAGCCACCUCAGCCACAGCAACCCUACUCUCAGAAGGCUUUGCUAUAGGACCUGGUUUUCUGCUUUGUGGCAAAAACCUGCUAAAUGCCGCUGACAAUGUUACAAGAUCCAUUAAUAUUUUAAGAUUUGUUUAUCCUCGGCUUAUAGGCAUCUGUUUUGGUCAACAAGUUCAAAUAUUUAAGAAGGUAAAACUCUCCGAUUUGCACAGAUAUUUUAGAGGUUCACCUCUCCUUCUCCCCCAGAGGACUGCAACUACUUACGGCAUUUAAUUCCUUUCAUCAUAUGAAGAAUUGACACAAGAUUAUUUGUCUCGUAAAAUUAUCUGGUCUGCAAAAAGUCAAACUUACAAAAACUCUUGUGGCAUAUGUUAUGUACAUAUAUUGAUAUAUAACUUCAUUAGUGGCCAUUGGAAUCACAGUGGUGAUCAUGUGAAUAUAUUUAACACUGUGUUAAAUUAAUUUACUUUGCUGUUUUAUUUUAGUCAUGACAACUACUCUGUUUCCUAAUGUUUUAUGUAAAUUUAAGGUAAUUACACUAUCCUUUUAACUGCGAGAGAACAAAGUUGUAGCAUAUUCAUGUGAAGGCAUUGUUGUCUAACCUUCCUUUUACUAUUUUACUAAUUGUGAGCUACACUUAAGUAUACUACAUUUUUUCUGUGGCCUCUCCAUACUACUGGCUGUCAUCACACCAGCGUACAGUAGCUAAAUUUUUGCUGCAGGUAUAAAAAUGAUAAUAUUCCCCUUUAAACUUCCAUUUUGGCAUGAUAUUUCAGAUAUUGUGGGACCACGAGACAAAAUUAAGUAGAAUCAUGUUCUUUACAUCUUGUUUUUAAAGAAAUAAUGUCUGUUUCCUUUUUCCUAGUUGAAGAUAGCAAUUAGGUUUCUAAGCUGUAUACUGUGUUAAUUGGUGGCAGUGACACCAAAGAUAGAGGCAAUGGGUAGAAAGUUUUAAGCUUGAAAGAAAACAUGAGUUACACUACAUUUUCUGUCUCUUGUAAUUACUUAGGAUAGAAACAAAAUUUGAUUCAUCUGUCCAACCUAAGUCUUUUAAAUAUGUCUCUAACACAUUGUAUUCUUUAAUUCUUCAUUAAAAUGGAUAUAAGUAGA